AUGCGACGUGGUCGCUCCCCGAGUUCGGGCUCGCCAUAUCGGGCGCUGGCCCAUCACCAACAGGCGACGUCGCCAUCAGCAUCCACCGACCCGAGUUCUGUAAUCCGGUCUUUCAAUGUCGACAGUAACCCUGCUCGCCCAGUGCGGCCCUCGCCCCUGACCGCUUCGACUAUACGUGAUAUGCCACUGGAUCUCGUCGAGAGGAUUCGAACGUUUCCUCUAUUUGUCUCCGCACCCGGAGAGUUUCUCGUUGCCAUUGGCAAUCACCUCAAACCUCAAAUCAAUGGGCCCAAUGACCACAUCAUUACAGAAGGGGACGAGGCAAAGGCCAUGUACUGGCUGGUGCGCGGUGUCGUAGCGGUCACGUCCCGUGAUGGAGAAGCCGUCUACGCUGAGCUCAAGCCUGGCGCCUUUUUCGGGGAGAUUGGCGUUCUCAUGGACAUGCCACGCACUGCAACCAUCGUGGCGCGCACAAAAUGUCUCUUGCUUGUCUUAAAGAAGGAAGACUUGCAAUUGAUCAUGCCUAAGUUCCCAGAUAUGGAGAAGGCCAUACGGGAGGAAGGCCAGGAACGCCUCAAUCUGCUAAAGAAACAACGACAGGAGCGCGGCGCCAGCCUAAAAUCGCCCAAGGCAGACUUCACUCCCCGAACGACUGUUCCUGGUGAAGUCUCAACCGGCGAGAGUGGGGCUAUCAAGGACGGCACAGUUAUCAACUCGAAGAAGCGAAAGUCACCAAGCCCUGGCGUGAUUGAAGAUCCUGCUGCUGGUAGUGCAAUUGGCAGUGGCUACGUGAAUAUCCGAAAAACUCUCAGGGAGCUACCCCUCUUCUCUACACUACCGCCCGAUAUCCUGCACUUCUUGGGGCUUAGUGUGCAGCCAAAAGCCUACCAUCCCUUUACCGAUAUCAUUUGCCAAGGAACUCCCGGCAAUGAAAUUUACUUUAUUGUGCAGGGCGAGGCUGAAGUCAUUCAUGAGCAGCCAAAGGAGCAAGAGGUGGUCUCGCAGGCGACCACGAGAUCGAUACAGCACAGGCCGCGGUUGAAAGCUGGGCAGUACUUUGGCGAGGUGACCAGCCUGGGGCUCUCUCCCGGGCGAACAGCGACUGUCCGGUCCAUCACGACGGUGGAAUGCCUCAUGGUUCCUGGCGAAGUUUUGGACGAGCUAUGGCGGCGUUGCCCACCCGGCAUCAAAUACCAAGUCGAGGAGACGGCUCGGCUGCGACUGAAGACGCAGGACGACGAUGUCGACAUGGCAGAUGCCGAGGGCAAAUCGAAGGCUGCCGCAAAGUCCGAUCCGCCCACGCCAAACACCCCAAGCCGUGGCCCAUUACCCGAGCUUAGCUUUACCACACCGUCCAGUCAAGGGUCACCGAGUAAGGAUGACUCUGAUAUCAUGGAACCCAAAGAUCCCGACCCGUAUCUGAGCGUCAAUAUGGAGAACUUGAGGAACCGCAGACGACACUCCCUUGCACCACCGACGCCGCAAACCGAAAGCCCAGUAAGCGGUCGGCCAAAUGGUUACAGGCCGUCGCUCAUCGACCUUACCCCGAUCAAAUUUAGCUCCAGUGAGACUUCGUCGGAGUCUGGAGUGCCGGCAAAGCGAGCCAGAACAGCCACGAGUCGAUCCCUCUCGCCGCCAACCCCGCCAGCGCUUUCGGACGGAGUUCUCGUGCGAGCAUUCCAGCACUUGGAUAUCAGAGAGUUGAUUCGUUUGCGGAUAGUCUGCACCCACUGGCGGCAGCUGCUGAGCACGUCUCCUGAAGUGUGUAAUGACGUGGACCUAUCACACUACAAUCGUCAUGUUACCGAUCACUCCAUUGUUCAUAUUCUGGCGCCAUUUAUUGGCAAUAGGGCCACUUCCAUGGAUCUGAACAAUUGUUUCCACGUCACGGACGAAGGGUUCUCCACGUUAUGGCGUCAAUGCGGCAAGAAUGUUAGGAGAUGGCGGAUGAGAUCGGUGUGGGAUGUGUCCGCUCAUCAAAUACUGGAAAUGAGUGAAAAUGCCAAACAGUUGGAGGAAGUGGAUUGGAGCAACUGCCGAAAGGUUGGAGACAACUUGCUCGGCCGUGUUGUGGGAUGGGUUGUUCCCGACUCGCCUACGUCGAAAAAGAGCGUUGUGAUUUCCAGCUCAUCGCAAAAGAAGCCACAGCCAGAGCCAAAACAGAAGCCGCCGAACGUCAACAAUCCGCCUCCAGGGACGGUUAUUGGCUGCCCCAAACUUAACAGGCUGGAUCUGUCGUACUGCAAGCAUAUUACCGACCGAUCGAUGGCACAUUUGGCUGCACAUGCCGCCAACCGGCUACGUUCGCUGUCUCUUACUCGCUGUACGUCGAUCACAGACGUUGGUUUCCAGUCGUGGGCACAGUAUAGAUUCGAAAAGCUCACACACUUGUGCCUGGCCGAUUGCACCUACUUGUCAGACAAUGCCAUCGUGGCCCUCGUCAACGCAGCGAAGAACCUCACACACCUGGACCUGUCAUUCUGCUGUGCACUGUCAGAUACAUCGACAGAGGUUGUUGCCCUGGGACUUCCGAUGCUUCGAGAGCUCAAGAUGGCAUUCUGCGGUAGUGCCGUGAGUGACGCAAGCUUGGAGAGCAUCGCUCUGCACCUCAACGAGCUCGAGGGCUUGAGUGUUCGUGGAUGUGUGCGGGUGACUGGGAAAGGACUGGAAAAUAUUCUACGAGGCUGCACGCGACUUCAGUGGACCGACGUGAGCCAGUGCCGCAACCUCGAACACUGGCUGCGAGCCGGUAGCAUUGCAAAAUGGGGGUUCGACGACAGAACAACUAAGCCGGUGAUGCCAACGGGUCUGUGGGCAGCAGCAGCUCAUGAAGGCAUUGGCGAAAUACCACCGCCAAAGACGAUGAGCGUGGCCAUGCUGACGACACCAAGCUUCCUGCCACGAUCUGGACUGGGCUUUUUGAGCAGACGAGCAAGGCAGCCAGUACGAUUUAUUAUUGAAAAAGGCGUUCAAGGGCUUAGGUAG